AUGGAUCAUACUUUUUAUUUUUAUGAUUUUCAAUAUCAAAAUGAUUUUAAUGAAUUAAAUAAUGAAGAUGAUUCACAAAAUGAAGAGGAGAAUUCUUAUGGAGUAGAUCAAAAUGGAAUAGCUGGAGAUGCUUUGCUCAUAUCUUUAGUGCGCAACUAUUCCUAUUUAUAUAAUAAAGAGUUAACUGACUUCAAAGAUAUUAUUAAAAAGCAGAAUGCCUGGACAGAAAUAGGAAAUAUAUUAAAUAUGACAGCGCACGAGUGUCAAUCUAGGUGGACACGAUUAAGAGAACGAUAUGCAAGAGAGAAAAAGCAAAAACAGGAAGAAACAACUACUGGAAGUGGUGCUUCAAAGAGGAAGUCUUUUGAAUUUUUUGAAAAUAUGCAAAUCUUAGAACGCUUUGUUAAGAGAAGAAGAACAAUAUUCAAUAUGUAUAAGAACAUACCUCCAUCAACAAAAUGUAUCGAUCUUCAAAAGUGUUUAAAAUAUUAA